AUGGUGGGAGGUGGGAAUAAAAAGGGCGAGGGAUCCUUUACUGUGAGCAACACCAAUGUCUUUGCAGCUCUUGAUAGUCUGAGGAAGAAGAAGAAGUCUGACAAAGAGAAGGGCUCGUCUAAGGUCGGUAAGGGCACGUCGAAAGGGUCAAAGGGAGUGCCUGAGGCUGAGAAGAAGGUUUACUGGGCCCCGGCCCCUUUGACGACAAAGUCAUGGGCGGAUGUUGAUGAUGAGGAUGAUGAUGAUUACUAUGCUACAACUGCCCCUCCACAGGCUAUAUGGGGAGCUUCAGGUUCGAAUAAAGCUGAAGAGACUCAGAAAGAUGAGCUUGUGGAGGAAAGUGAAAGUGAAGAUGAUCUUCUCGAUGAAGUGGAUGAUGAUGUGGAAGAGGAACAUGACCUUGAACCAGAUGUCGAUGAACAGCCUCAGCAAGUUUUACAAACGACUUCUCUCGCACCUAAAGAGACUGAGAGGCAGCUUUCGAAGAAAGAGAGGAAGAAAAAGGAGCUGGCUGAGCUAGAGGCUAUCUUAGCUGAUUUUGGAGUUAACCCAAAAGAAAAAGCUGGAGAUGAAAGAUCUGAUACUAAAGAGAGGAAAGAGGGGCAAACGAACGGCGAUGCUGAAAAGGACAAUAAUGCCCCUGGCGAAUCGAAAAGCGCCAAGAAGAAGAAGAAGAAGGACAAAUCAUCGAAAGAGACAAAGGAACCUCAAAACCAGACCAACACCUCAAAUGCCCCUGGAGCCGAACAUGCUGACGAGGAUUUAUCAGCUGUUGACGUGAAAGAGAAGCUCAAGAAAAUGGCAUCGGUUAAGAAGAAGAAAUCGAGUAAAGAAAUGGAUGCCGCCGCUAGAGGCGCUGCCGUGGAGGCUGCCGCCAGGAGCGCCAGGCUGGCAGCCGCCAAGAAGAAGGAGAAGAAUCAUUACAACCAACAGCCGAUGAGGUAA